GAGUAGAAGAGCAGCCUGACAGGGAGAUACCAAUCUCCAACCACAGGGGAACUCAUUCAGCUCAGUGCAGAGAAGCUGCAUUCAAGAUCCCUGCCUUCCCCCCUCUGCAUUGCCUGUCAGUGGAGCAGCCUGAUGUGGAACCGAGAGGUUGGAGGGGGUUUAGAAGAGAAGAGAGUCAGAGCAGCACUUUGGAAACCAGCUGAUCAGACCUGUGGUAUUCUGCCACAGAGGAAGACAAGAGGAGAGGGACUGUCACUGGGGAAAAUAAGAGAAGAGAACUCGGAUGAAGUCUUUUUGAGAAAAUACCAAAAGGAAAAAUAAUUAUCCUUCCUUUCAUGGGAAACUCAUGUGAAGAAGGGAGCUCUGUGGGAAGAUGUGAGAGCCAACUGGCAGCAGGGUGGAAAUCUGAGGAGGAAACACGUAGAAAAGGACAACCAGUACCGUUCUUGAUUUAAAGAAAACACAUCAGUGAGUCGACAGAGGGUUGAGGAUCCCACCCAGAGGACAGAGGAGUGAUGUCUUGGCUGUCACCUGUGUCAUGGGCCAAAUGGACGUGGACGGCGGUGCGAGGGGGAGAAGGGGAGGAUGAAGAGGGGGAGGCCAGCGAGCAACGUGGAGAGAGAGGGGAGGAAAGAGAGGAGGAUGAAAGAUCUCAAGGCUUCAGCUCUGACUCAGAGGGGAAUUUUGGCACCCCUGAAGCUGCAACUCCUGUCCACGUGCCUGCGACCAUCCUGGGAGAGCUGGAGAACAACAACACUGAUGCAGAGAAAACAGACUUGGAUCAGGACGAGCACCUGAUAGUGACAGCUCCUGUUGACGAUCACAACAGUUUACUUAGACACAACAUGGGUCAGGAUGAGCCUGUGGUCCCCAUGGGGGGCCCACUGGAAAUAAACAUGCAAACACUAGAAGAAGAAAAAACAGAUGCUCUAGGCUCCAUGCUUGUCCCUGAUUCCUCCUCAGUGAAGGAAACUCCUCAGCAGGCCGAAUGCACAGUUCCUUCCUCUGAGGCAUCCCGGGACACAGAACCCAUCCUACAUGCAGACCCUGUCCUUGAUCUGGCUCCAGCUCAAACUGCUGUGCUAAUAUCAGCCCCAGCCCCAAUCUCAGCCGCAAUCUCAGCCCCAGCUCCUGCCCCAAUCUCAGCCCCAGCCCCAGCUCCUGCCCCAAUCUCAGCCCCAGCCCCAGCUCCUGCCCCAAUCUCAGCCCCAGCCCCAGCUCCUGCCCCAAUCUCAGCCCCAGCCCCAGCUCCUGCCCCAAUCUCAGCCCCAGCCCGAGCUCCUGCCCCAAUCUCAGCCCCAGCCCCAGCUCCUGCCCCAAUCUCAGCCCCAGCCCCAGCUCCUGCCCCUAUCUCAGCCUCAGCCCCAGCUCCGGCCCCUAUCUCAACCCCAGCUCCAAUCUUAGCUACAGCCCCAAUCUCAGUCCCGGCCCCAAUCUCAGACCCGGCUCCAGCCCCAAUCGUAGCCGUAGCUCCAGCCCCAGCUCCUGCCCCAAUCAGAACCCCAAUCACAGCCCCAGCUCCUGCCCAAAUCUUAACCCCAGCUCCUGCCCCAAUCUCAGCCCCAGCCAUAGCUCCUGCCCCAAUAACAGCCCCAGCUCCUGCCCAAAUCUUAGCACCAGCACCUGCCCAAAUCUCAGCCCCAGCUCGAGUCCUUGCUUUUGCCCCAGCACCAGAACCAGACUCAGUGCAGAGCAGUGAAACUGCACCCAGCCAAAUUCUGAAGCCCCCUGAGGAAAAGCCUUUUACUGUUUCAGAACCAGAGUGCAAUGGCCUCCCCAAACAGACGGAGCCCAUUCGAAAGACUAAAACCAGCAAAUCUAAGCCUCCGGCCCUGAAGAUGAAGGUUUUGCUGGACGAGCUUGGACAAUCAAAUGAGGAACAAGAACUUCCUGUUCCCAAUGCCACAUACAACUUUGACGCUACCCAGCUGGAUGUGAGCUUUAACCCUUUUACCAGUGGUGGACCAAAAAUCCAAAACUCUCCUCCCCCAUGCAGUCCAGACUCUCUACCGAGACUUGAGCCACCUGGUAGCUCAUUUCCUGUUUGCGAGGCCAGCUCAGCAGCAGAAGCACAGACGAUGGAGCCCUCACCUGAGACAAAACCUGUGAUUCUGGAGUUCGGUCUGGAUGAGGGGCCAGUCAGUAAACCACCUCCGAGGAAAUUAGGUGGAAAAAAGACAAUCAGUAGACUCACAGCUAAGAAGCAGAGGCCAAAAAGACAAGAGGCUUCCAGCCAACCUGCACCAGAACCCACAGAGCCAGAACCAGCCACUCAACCAGAACCAGAACUUGAAUCAAUUUCCCAGGCUAUGUCAGAACCAGUUUCAGAUCCUCUCCCAGAAACGUCUUUGCCAGCUUCAGACUCUUCCGCUCCAUUGAACCUUGACGACAUUCCUAUUCCUAAAUCAGGAACAUAUAACUUUGAUCCCAACCAGUGGGAUGACCCGAACUUCAAUCCGUUUGGCAGUAACAGCAACACGAGCGGCUCUCCUGUGCUCCCUAAGGGGUCUUACAGCUUCGACCCAGACACAUUUGAUGACUCUGUUGACCCUUUUAAAUCCUCCAAAAGCCUGAGCAUAGAGGAAUCGUCCAGUGGCACCGCUCAGCCCGAGAAGAAAGUGAACGACGAAGUAAAGCAGAAAGCUGGGCACUUGCCUGGUGAGAAGAAAGUGAGGCAGAUUCCCAAGAAAAGCAAAGAGAGGAAUUCCUGUAAAGUACAGAAAUAUGAUGAAAGCCAGGCCCUGGUGCUUGAUGUGUGUAAUCAGGGGGAAGUCGAGGUGGUGGUUCAGCCCCCAGAGAUCACCCAUCGGGUUCAUCAUGCCACCGAUGAGGAGAAGUUGGCCUCCACUGGCUUCAUGGGCCAGACAAUGGAGAGCCAGGAGGAGAAGGGAGAACCUGAAUGCAAUAAAGCACCAGUUGAUGUUAUGGAUGGCCCUAAGACAAAGGUUUCAGAUCAGCAGGAGGAGAAGGACCCCUGCAGCCUUAAGGAAGAUAUAAGUGAGAUAUGCACAAACCAAACUAUAAAGAUGAGAAGCACCGAUGCCACAGACCCAGGAGCCUUGAGCCAGGACAACUUACCACUGAGUGAGAUGGACAAGGCUGCAGUUCUCACCCUGAUCAGAGAAGAGAUCAUCACUAAAGAGAUUGAGGUGAACGAGUGGAGGAGAAAGUGCGAGGAGAGCAGGGCUGAGGUUUUUGAGAUGAGGAAAAUAGUUGCAGAAUAUGAGAAGACAGUUGCACAGAUGAUUGAGGACGAGCAGCAGCAGAAGACGCUGUCCUGCAGUAAGUCAGUGAGGCAGCUGACCUUAGAGAGGGAUCAGGCUCUUGCUGAUCUCAACUCAGUGGAACGCUCCUUCGCUGACCUCUUCAGGAGGUAUGAGUCCUUGAAGGGAGUCCUGGAAGGCUUCAAGAAGAAUGAGGAGGUGCUGAAGAAGUGUGCACAGGACUACUUGAUGAGGAUCAAGCAGGAGGAGCAACGAUACCAGACCCUCAAGGUUCAUGCUGAGGAGAAACUGGACAAGGCGAAUGAAGAGAUAGCCCAGGUGCGAGGCAAGGCCAGCGCUGAGGGCAUGGCUCUGAACGCCAGCCUGAGGAUGGAGCAGAUGAAGGUGGAUUCACUUGAAAGAGCUGUGCUUCAAAAGAAUCAAGAGAUCGAGGAGCUCACCAAGAUCUGCGAUGAACUGAUCGCCAAAAUGGGAACAGACUGAUAGGCCGACGUGUGAUGUAAAUUCUGUACAGGACAUCUCAGCGUUCUCUUUGUCAGCUCAUAUUUUUAAAUAAUUGGAGAUUAUUGAAAUACAGGUUGAGAGAUGGUUGCACUUUCUCGUGAUAUUUUCAGAAUGAAAUAUAAAGCAGAUAUAUGUCAUUGUGUAAUUUAAGAAGCACAAAGUUAUCGUAGGGGUAUUUUAAUAAUAUUGAAGGAGAAGUAAGGUGAUUAUAUUCCUGCUAUGAUUUGUUGAUCUUUUAUUUUGGAUUUAAUUAAUUAUUUUGAGGUUAAAUGAUUAGUCGUUAGGUUUUUCAUCUUCUCCGUUAUUUUCCAACAUCAUUUUAUCAAACUUCUCCCACACAAAGCUGUAGAAAAUAAUGUGGAAACUAAGAGAAAGAAAAUAUGCACAGAUACUUUUGACCACAGAAGGUCUACAGGUUUAAAUCUGAUACAGGAAGAACAAAUGAGUGUAUUAAAUCUAAAAUUUGAUGGUAUUUCAUUUGUAAUACAGAUCGUUAUGCUCUGUUGUUUAUUUGCUAUCAUCAGUAAAUGAGCUGGAAAUAAUAUUACAGAUAUUUUUAUAAAUUGCCUUUUACAUUUGAUUAUUAUUGUUUCACAGAUUUUGAAGUCAAACCACAAUGAUUUUACAUCUUGAACAUUUUACCCCUUUACAUCUCUGGGAUUGGAAUCUGGAAAUUUCAAAAGCACUUAUGAAGCUCAAACCUUUCACUCAGCUAUAUAAUAUUUUCAUUUGAUGGGAGUUUGAUGAUGGGUUGAAGAUGAAAGUUUCAAGUAGUAAAACUUUGCUUAUUAUUCUUAAUAAUGAACCAUGUGCCAAGAUUAAUUUUCUCUCGCUCCGCAUUUGAGUGUGGAAAAGCACAGUGACGCUGCCAUGUAGAUAUAUUUGGAUCGUAUUGAUAUUUUAUGUGUGUGCUCACAUGUUGCUUGUGUGCCUUUAUUUUGUUUAUUAUGAAAAAGAAAGUUUUCCCACCUCAUUGUUUCCAAAGUCUGUUGCCAAAAUGUAUAUUUCUAGGACUAAAGUACAACAGUGAGUCAGCAUGGGUUUACAGUUAUAAUGUUUUACCUGCGGUUAAAAAACAAUGAUUUAUGUGUGCACAAGAUGGACCACAUUACUUUUAUGGUAAAGGUCUGUGAUUUGGGGGCAGUUUAUGAUCAUAUUUCCAGUGGACAUCCUCUGGUCAGAUGUCACUCAGACAUGUAUCAUAUAUAAAAGACAGGUUUUUGUAUAGAAACCUUAUUUCAUGUCAGCACAAUCAGUAUAAAAUGUCUGUGGAAACCGAGAUGGGUUUCAGUGUGACCUUGUCCAGUUGUGUUGGUGUUAAAGUGAAGGUGCUUUUCAAUGCAAACCCAUUGUUACAUUAUAAUAUGCGUGAAUUUUAUACUUUAUGAAAAGAAUAUUCUGAAUUCCAUUGCUAAUAUUUGUAAACUUGAAGAAUUAAUAAGAAUAUACUCAGAUUAUUUUGUGCAUUCCUGAAUAAAUGGUUCAAAAGAUUUAAUAUGA